CACCUGAUAGCUUGAACUUCAUCAUUACCCGGUGCCAGUCAUGGCAGCUAGUUGUUGUCUUCCCGGUUCCCUUACAUGUUUUCUAAGUCUGCUUGUUCUUCUGUCCCCGGUCAUUUCGCAGUAUGCGCCCACCUGGGACUCGCUGGACGCUCGGCCGUUACCUGCCUGGUAUGACGAGGCUAAGUUCGGAGUGUUCCUGCACUGGGGCGUAUUCUCGGUACCCUCCUUCGGGAGCGAGUGGUUCUGGUGGAACUUGAACCUGAAGAACCCGGCCUAUGUAAAGUUCAUGGAAGACAGCUAUCCUCCCGGUUUCACCUACGCGGACUUCGCCCCGCAAUUCACUGCAGAGUUUUACAAUCCUGAUGCCUGGGCCGAGCUCUUUGAGGCUGCUGGUGCCAAAUAUGUUGUUUUGACAACUAAACACCAUGAAGGUUUCACUAACUGGGGUUCUCCUGUUUCCUGGAACUGGAAUUCUGUAGAUACAGGGCCACAUAGAGACUUGGUGGGAGAUUUAGGAGAAGCAUUGAAAAAAAGAAAACUGCGCUAUGGAUUGUAUCACUCGUUACUGGAGUGGUUUCACCCUCUUUAUUUGAUUGACAAAAAGAAUAACUUUAAAACUCAGUACUUUGUAUUUUCGAAGACCAUGCCUGAACUGUAUGAUUUGGUGACUAGGUAUGAACCAGAUCUGAUUUGGUCAGAUGGAGAUUGGGAAGCACCAGAUACAUAUUGGAACUCCACACAAUUCCUGGCUUGGCUUUACAAUGAGAGUCCUAUCAAGGACAAAGUGGUGGUGAAUGAUCGUUGGUGUAGCAACUGUUCUUGCCAUCAUGGUGGAUAUUACAACUGUGAAGAUAAGUAUACACCCAGCACCCUUCCGAGCCACAAGUGGGAGAAAUGCACAUCUGUUGAUACGUAUUCCUGGGGUUACAGGCGCAACAUGCAAGUCGGCCAGAUAAUGGAUGAAUUUACCAUCAUUUCAGAGCUGGUCCAGACUGUUAGCUAUGGAGGAAAUUAUCUUCUGAAUGUGGGCCCAAGUAAGGAUGGCCUGAUUGUGCCCAUUUUUCAGGAGAGACUGCGGGCUGUUGGGAAAUGGCUGAGCAUUAAUGGAGAGGCAAUUUAUGCCUCUAAAGCAUGGCGGGUACAAAUGGAGAACUCUACUGUCAAAGUCUGGUACACUACCAGAGCUUCCAGUGUUUACAGCAUCUUUAUGAGGUGGCCUGAAGACAAUACGCUCAAGUUGCUUUCUCCCAUAUCCUGUUCCGCUACAAAUGUAACAUUGUUGGGACUUUCUGGGAAUUUAGACUGGAAACCAAUCUCGGGUCAAGGACUGAUAGUUUCACUGCCUGCCAUUCCUCCUGGAUUUUUCCCUGUAGAAUCUGGUUGGACUUUAAAAUUGGACAGUGUAAAAUAGGCUGCUGCAAAAAUAAAGGAACACAACCUUUAGAGCAUACCCCUGGGUAUGCCCAAACAUUAGGGUGGGACAGACUUACAAUGGGUUUGUGUUGGCUUUGGUUCGUUAUUUGAUCAGGGAAACUUUUUUUUAGAUUUUUGUUUUAUCUUUUUGGUUCAUAUUGCUUGAGUGCAGACAAUCUGAUAAACCUGUGUUUUGAACAGUGUCUGCUAUAUGGUAUAGUUACUUGGACCAAGAUAAGUGUGCAUCAUAACAUGCCAACUGUGAAUGGCAUAACAUGGGGUGUCAUUUGUGUGCUGCCUCUUUCCUCCUUUCAUGGUACUCUGAUCAAAGUUUAGGGAUCGUGACCUAUGUUCUCUUGUACAUCUGUGAAAAGGAUGUGCCCUAUAUAGAGAUUCUUGUGCUAAUGAAAAUUGUGAUUGGGCAGUGUUUGUCAGCCCUUAUAUGCUGGACACAAUGAUAUGCCUAUGGUUUAUUGCACUAUACUUAACUGUCAUUUUUUAUUACUUUUGAAAGCGCUUCUAAUAUUGUAAUUUUAAACAUGUUCUACCAAAAUCCUAUAGCUUCUGAUUUUUAUGGAAUGGCUGGAGAUUUUGUUCUUUAUUUCAUGUAGUGUUCCUGUGUGUGUUUUUUGGUCUUUUUUGACAUAAAAUGAUGAAUUUGAA